AUGCUUCGUCUUGUGCAUCGCCCCUUUGCGGCCCUGUCACAGUCAUCAGGGGGCUCUCCAGACGAACUUAAGCUUAUAUUUUCUUUCCUGUUAUCAUAUCCCCUGGCGGGCUUGCUAAAGCGCGUACCAGAUGCAAGGCCGUACCGCAAGAACCUAUUUAUCAUCGGGACAUCGGUUUUCUAUCUAGUCGGGUUGUUCGAUCUCUGGCGUGGACUCCUAACCAUUACCAUCAGCGCCGGAGGAGCCUAUUUGAUUGCAAAGUAUAUGCGAAAGAGCCCAUAUAUGCCAUGGAUUGGCUUCAUUUUCGUAAUGUCUCAUAUGGCAGUUAGCCACAUCCGACGCCAAGCUGCGAAUACUCCUUCCACCAUUGACAUCUCUGGGGCCCAAAUGGUCUUGGUAAUGAAACUGAGCGCGUUCUGCUGGAAUGUUGCCGACGGACAACUUUCGGACGAUUUGUUAUCCGACCUGCAGAGAGACAGGGCUAUCAAGAAACUUCCAUCCCUGCUCGAUUAUGCAGGUUAUAUCCUGUUCUUCCCCUCUCUUUUCGCUGGUCCGGCUUUUGACUAUGCCGAGUAUCGACGUUGGAUUGAUACUUCCAUGUUCGAUAUACCAUCUUGCGUUGAUCCAUCCAAGAAGCCUCCCUCUAGGAAAAAGAGAAGAAUACCUCGCAGCGGCACCCCAGCUACAUUCAAGGCAUUGACUGGACUCUUUUGGAUUGCUUUGUUCGGAUUUUUAUCUGCCAAAUAUGGACAAGAGCAGUUACUCCUGGACUCUUACAUGCAACAUGCCCUGUGGCGCCGCAUCUGGAUUAUGUAUGUGGUGAAUUUGGUGGCUAGGCUGAAAUACUACGGCGUUUGGACACUGACAGAGGGGUCAUGCAUCUUGGCUGGCCUGGGCUACAACGGGUUCGACCCAGUCACCGGUAAAGUUUUCUGGGAUCGCCUACAAAACAUCGACCCUUGGGCUGUUGAGACCGCUCAGAAUCCUCGCGGUUACCUUGCGGGUUGGAACAUGAACACGAACAAUUGGUUGCGGAACUACGUAUACUUGCGAGUAACAGCGAGAGGGAAAAGUCCUGGGUUUCAAGCCAGCCUCAUGACAUUCGUAACAAGCGCGCUUUGGCAUGGUUUUUAUCCCGGUUACUACUUAACAUUCAUUCUGGCUAGUCUUAUCCAGACAGCUGCGAAAAAUUUUCGUCGUAUCGUUCGUCCGUUCUUCCUCGAUGCUGUAUCUGGAGAACCCACACCUAGAAAAAAGUACUACGACAUAACCAGCUUCAUUGUCACGCAAUUGACGUUCUCGUUCGCAACAACUCCUUUCCUUCUACUAAACCUUGCCGAUUCCGUCCGCGCUUGGUCGCGCGUAUACUUUUACGGUGCAGCGUGGACCCUUGCCUCCCUUAUUUUCUUCGCAUCACCAGGCAAGCUUGCAUUGAAAGCGGCACUAGAGAAGCUCCAGGGCCGUGCCACCGGUUCAAAACUCGUGCAGUCAAUGAGCCCUAACAGCCUGAGUGGCAAAGAGCCGAUCCUCGGUAUUUCCAAGGAACCUGACCAGGACAUGUCUGAGGCCAUGGGAGAACUAAAAGCGGAAGUUGGGGCACGACACAGAGAGAAGUCGGAUUAA